AUGCCUCAACUACAGAACAGAAGUGUCCACACGGCACGCGUCGCUCUUCUCUACCAAGCGAUUGAGUCUCCCAUCAUCAAUGGAGUUCGCAAGCCCAUGAAGCCUGGAGGUUACCAAGACGGAUGCGCCGACAUUGCCUUCAACCUCAGCAGCCAAGCAGGCAUCGAAAUCAUCACACCCAUCGACUCGCCCAGCCCUCGACUGCAUGUCGGAUGGAGCUUCCCAGAUUCCGAGGAAGGCAUUCUCAGCGCUCUGAACAAGGGAGCCACUCACCUCUUCGCCAAUACCGUCGUCUUCGCCUCGCACCCGCUUCAAACGUCUGAAAGAGUAGGAGCAUACCAGGACAAAGUCAAGAUUGUUGGACAUCCCCCAUGCAUGGUGGAGCUGCAUGACGACAAGCACUACGUCAACGACAUGCUGCGCAAGUCGGGCCAGUUCACACUCCCUCGAGGAUGGCUGCUCGAGGACGACGGCCAAGACCUCGACGCCCGCCUCAACUCUCUCGACUUGCACUUUCCUACCGUAGGCAAGCCAGUCAGAGGUCGCGGCAGCCACGGCGUCAAGGUCUGCCAUGACUUUGAUGAGCUUCGCGCUCAUGUCCAGGCACUGUGGAAGGAGUCGCCAGCCAUCAUUCUUGAAGACUACCUGGCUGGAGAGGAAGCUACUGUCACCGUCAUGCCGCCUUCGGACGAACAUCCAACCCACUGGGCUUUACCCAUCGUCACGCGCUUCAACCACGCCAAUGGAGUCGCUCCCUACAACGGCAUCGUCGCCGUGACUGCAAACUCUCGCGCCGUAACUCCAGAAGAGUACGCCGCAGAUCCAACCUACUCGGCCAUCGCCAAAGAAUGCGAAGGCGUUGCGAAGAUGAUGGGCUUGACAGCAAUCAUGCGCAUCGAUGUCCGUCGUUUCACUGAACAGCCAGGGUCCAAGUUUGCUCUAUUCGACGUCAAUAUGAAGCCGAAUAUGACUGGGCCGGGAAGACCUGGAAGAGAAGACCAGGCUAGUUUGACUGCCAUUGCUGCUGCACAGCUGGGCUGGGAUUAUCCGAGAUUGUUGAAAGAGAUGUUGAGUGGUGCCCAACCUCUGCGUCGCUUGAGAGAGAUGCGACCGGAAAACGUCUAA